CCGAGGACGACGUGCAGUCCGCCCGCCUGGACCUUGCUGUGCGCGUGGAGAACCACUGUACUGGUACUUUGCGAGCCGGCGUGAAGAAGAUGACCUCCAUGCUCCGCGCGCCGGAAAUCUACGAUACGGAGCUGUGCAUGUCCUUGCCCACUAAGUUCCGCAACCAAGGACCGGCGAAGAUGGCCGAUAACGUCGGUAUGCGGGGUGCGGAGCUGCUGGCUUGCUUGAACUUCGGACCGACCAGUUGGGCCAUGCGCCGCGCCCUGUCCGCCCGGGUUAACAACAUGAUGAAGGUCAAGCAGCGGCUGGAUCAGGGUAUUCCGGUCGUGGUGCAUCACUGCAUCAGCAACUGCCCGGUCCAGAUCUGCCACUACGACAACGGCGUCGUUUCCUACACCGAUUUGGCCGCAGUUGCCCCCAUGCCGAAAUCCGACACCGAGGUGGCCAAAGAGUUGAACACGCUGUUACCGACGGAGGCCGACCAAAAGCACACGAUCGAGAAGGUCCUGAUUCCGGCGUCUACUUUCCGGUACCCGCCGAUGUGGAAAGACUGCCACUUCCACGCCAUGCUCUUGACCGACUGCGACUUCUACACCUCCGCGAUUGACUUGAACGCCUGCGAUACCCUUGCAAAACGUGCUUCGUCAUCAUUGCAUUUGUGGUUCUAAAAAUUUAAAAACGCAUGACAAUUUAAAAACGAGCUGUAGUAGAAACGCAAAUGCAAUAAUGACGGAGCAAGUUUUGCUUUUUCAUAUGCGACGAGACCGGUGAGGUGCAGUUCGAUUUGAAGGACGCCACGUUGUACUCCGCUUUGGAUAUCACCGCGCUCGCAUAUGAGUCGCUGAUGCCGGAUGAGAAGUUGUGGUGGGUCAACCACAUGUCGUACGAGACGUCCCGUUUCACCAUGCGCGAGUUCGAAAAGUUGUCGUACGAUGAGCAGGCGCAGUUGUUCAAGGAUGUCUGCCUCUCGGAGCACAACUGGGUCAUGUGGUACCACUUGGCGGAGGAGCGGUUGCGGAAAAAGAAGGGCUUCGCGUACAAGUCCAUUGAUGAGAUCGAGGAGGAGCUCGAUGGCAACAAGCGGCAGAAGAACGACGACGGUGAGGCUAAGGUGGACCGCAAGGACCGCAACGAAGCAGGUGGUCGCCACCCAGCCCGGUACAUCGCGUUUGUCAUGCACAAGAACAAUUAACGCAGAAGCACGCGGCGCUAAAUGCAAUAAUUAAGCAUUUCAAACGAAUUUCAAAAAUUCCGAAAUUUACACUUUUUGGUGUGGCGAAGUGCUCGGCUUGCAGCUUGUAUCUCAAGAAAGUGCGACUCCUUCCUCCCCUUGAUGUCCGGACUAGUAGCUUCCAUUUUUUCGGUUUUCCGUCCGUCUGUCGUAGAGUUUAUCUCCAUGAGUCGCGCCGCCUUUUCUUAGUCACUAUGUUGUAGUCCGCCGCUUUAUUUCGCUUUCCAGCUCUUUGUUUCCCGGCGGCUUUAUUGCGUCCCUGCUUCACACCCGCCUCUGCUCCCGACUCCUAUGCUGUUUUGUGCUUAUUUCGUUUUUCGGCCUUUACGGACAUCCUUUCGUUUCUGCCAGUAGUGGGCUUUGCUUGCGCAUUGAUUGCCUCCGCUUUUUGUCUUCCUGUCGUACAUAGUGUCCUUUUUCCUUCUUACAUUGCCACCUCCCAUCGCAUCCUAUCUCGGAUUGUCUGUGAACGAUGUCGCUACAUUCGUUCAUCUUAGUUCUUAUUCAUUGAGCGCAUUGCAAACACGUCAAAUCGUUGCUCGAGCUGAGUGUAAGUGUGGAGCGCAGGAGGAGCACGCUGUUGCCCCUCUCUGUCGUGUCUCGUCGUGAAGAUGUCGAUCCAGAUUGCCUUAUGUCGAGAUGUGCCACUCUGAUGUAGUAGCUCGCUUCGAUCAUGCUGCCUUGAGCGUAACACGCAAAACAAGCUGCAAGACAUAUUAUUGCGCAAGUCGUCACACCGACCAAAAAUUUUCAGGAUCCAUUGAGCUGAGUAUGAGUAGCGUUCGAUCAAGCAAAGUGCAAAAGUAGCCUCAAAAACGAAAGUAGGCACUUCCACUUUCUUGUGCCGUUUCUCAAUAAACUGACUUUACAGGCAUAACGACAAACAUCUCAAGAACGACGAGAAGGAGACUCUACGAGGUCGGUCCUUCGUUCUUUUCCGGUCUAGUGAGGCCACAACGUGGCACGGCGCAGCAACUCUUCAUAGACGACGAAAUCCAUAGAGCAGUUUUUUUUCGCUUCUGUGGAAAAUUUGAACUUACCGCCAGUGCGCUGUCGCACGCUCGAUUUCGUUGACGAAGGCAAACCAACACCCAACGAUGGCGCCGACGGUGAAGUGAUGGAAGAGAUAACUGUGUCCCAAGUUUCUCUUCGAACGCACAUCCUGCAAGAACGAAUAAAACGGUCGGCACUACUAGACCUCCUGGCCCCGCGUGACCAGUGUAAGCAGUCGGCUGCUCCGGCCUGGUGUUGAAAAUUUCGGACGACGACAAUCUGAGGCCGUGCCGCCACACAUCGCUCUCAGAGGUAACCAGUUCGCCCGUUCCGCCCCGAAUGGCUUUACGUGGAGUGGACGCCUACCUUGCUGAGGCACAAGGGGACUACUUCGCGUUCGAUGGGCUCGCAGCCGUUGACGAUCUUUGGGGCAGCAGCAGCAUCGCAAAUGAAACCAGCGGCAACCACGAUUGCCAACCUCGCGAGGAAUUUAUGUUUGUGUCAAAUGUUCCGGCAGUGAUGACUGCUCCUGUCCUAUCCUUUUCAAAAUUCGCAUGACAAACACCUUAAGGGCGCAUGUUCCCCUCCGCGAAUUGUGCUUUCAGAUCGAGCGCAAAGGAGGUGCAAAAUGUUGGUCAUGAAAAUACGAAAAGGAUUGUUCGAGGAGGCAUCUCUGCUGGCUAUUUUUUGUAACGCAUACGUGCCGACGUUGGGGCCGCAGAGCCGGAGGUACCGGCCGCAAAUGUUUCCGACACUGCCUUGGCCGCGAUUGAAUCCGGGGCAUUGUGGAUGGACGACGGGGGGCUUCACGCUGGGGAAGACGUACUAGUAGUAGAUGGCGACGACGGUGACGGGCAGCCCAGUUCUCCUCCUCCUGCCACCGAUUCAGGAGGUCCUCGCGAGCGUUCACCGUCUCCAGAGCAAGUGGACCUGGCUGGGGUCAGCGCAACAUUGGCGAGAACGCUAGACCCGUUUCUGACUGGAGGUCCGCGAGAAGAUGCUCAUUUUGAUAAAGCAUCACUUCUUGCAAAAGAAGCCGGGGAAACCCUCGCGGCACAGAUAAUUGCCGACCCGGGAACGCGAAGUGUUCUGCUGACCCACAUGAGCGACGCGACCCCAUGCGGAACGAAAUUGUCGAUGGACAUACUUGGCGGCGGGCGGCAGACUCUCGUCGACCAAGCGGCGAAGUGGAUGGUGACGCACAUGGCAGUGAAGUGGUACGCGGGCGAGAAUCUUCAUGAAGUAGUUGUGCCGACGUCGACGAUCCUCCUGCCGAGCAAAAAGGUAACAAAAAUCGCAGAAGCAGCAGCAGGCGGGACCGGCCUCGAGCAACUUCUCACCGAUACAAGAAUUCCGUCCCAGAAAAACGCAGACAUUGUCAUGCGUGAUCUGAAAAGUGUCGUAGCGACAGCACAACAAAAGCAACUACCUCCGCUUCUAGUAAUCAACACGAGCUCUGAUCGAGGGCCGGACAUGGUUUUGACGCACAAGGCCACCGGCAUGGCAGUGCUGGAGGAGAAAGAUAUUUUUCGCCAAACGCCGGGGGCCCACCUAGUAACAGUCUCGAGUCACUGCGAGGAGCACGACGCCGGGACGGCGCUGGAGGAGGGCGCCAAUGCCUAUCUGCUGGAGAACGACAUCGACCCGACGAAGUGGGAGAGGAAAACUUGGGGCGCGUGCAAGGUGAUCGGGAAGCAGCAGCUGACGACGCAGACGGGCAUGAUGUCGGACCUCCCGUCGCGCGUUGUCGUCCCGACUGGCCCGGACCGGUUCGCCUUGUUGGAAGAAUCAGCUGCGGGCGGAGGCGCUAUGACAUGGCAAACGCGGGCGUUUCGGACGUAUCUGGAGGGGACGCCGUAUGGCGCGGAACGAGUACAAGCAGCAAAAACCGCUACAGCAAAAGAUAAGCGUCUGUCGAGCAUCCUCUACAAGAUGAGCAUAUCGCGUGUGAAGGGCAAGACCAUCCUGACAUUCGUGUUGACGGACGAGGAGCUGGGCGCGUACCGAUCACCCGCCGAAGCGAAGAACGCAAUCAUCGGAAACCUCCAACAGCUAACGCGGGGAAUACGCCCCAUCUCCUUCAGCAGGUGGAUCCGGUGUGGCGAUGAUCUUUCCCGUGUUGUCGUAGCGGACAUUUUGGGCCUGCUGGACAAGAAGACCCGCCUCCACCUCGAGGGAAAGGAGUGGAGUAAGGUCCGGGUCGAUUGCACGAUGAUGGUGGUAAGUUUGCUGACCCGCCCCAUCGAGCGAUACGAGGGCCAUGUCGCGAAGCAUGAAAAUGCGAUGGGGGGCGACCACACGGCGCACGAGCAGUUCUACAAGGGCGUCGACGAGCUUCGCCACAUCCUCCGCGCGGACAGCCUGCGGUCUUUAAUGAGCUUGCUCGGGCCGGUCGAUCCUGCUACCGCGGCAAAACAUUCUACCGCGGCUCUGAACGGCCUGGAGAUACUUGCUGCGGCGUUUUACGGGCGGGUGGUGCGUUAUGAACGGAGAUUUAGAUGCUAGCUGCCUGCGUAGUUGAGCGUUUGUCUUGCGUGGGGAGGAGUGGUCGCAUGAAGAUCACGCCGCUCUUCAUGCAAGACAAAUUUGCCUUUGCCAGUUUGCAUGUCAGACAAAAGGACACAAGUUUGCAUUUGUCAUGCGGGAGUAAGCGGGAGGCUCUAAUGUUAGCUCCGGUGCGGAUUAAAAGCAAGAGAAGACGAAGUGCGUCAUGCGUAGUUGCACAGUGCUAGAACCGCAAGUGCUAGCGGGAGAAUUGGUAGUUGUCUUGCUCAUAUAAAAGCGUCGGCUUUCGUCUUCUAUUCUUGCGUGGCCGCCCGUCUCUCCGUCUCUUUUCAGGUCGCGAUUUGUAUGACAAGUAGCGAUCAAUAUUUUCUAUCAAAAAGCAGUAGCAUUGCGUUCGAGCUGCAUACCCAGAACCCGUACCACAAGCACCUCGACUGGCUGGCGGAGUUCGACCGAAAGGAAGGAGCGGAAGCACAGGGCGCCUUUUUGGAACAAUUUUGCAACAGGGAUGUCACAGUAGAAAGCGGAAACCCAGCCACGAUCACUCUCGCCCAGAUCCAGAAGGCCUGCCGACAGUACCAGGGGCAGCAGCACCUACCGGCCGCGGGAGUGGUGGGGAAAAAUGUUUUGCCAUUUGGCAGCGCGGUGGAGUUUGUGCGAGAGCUCGCUGCACUCGUGAAACACGUGCCGCGAAAUACGCUUCUGAUAGAGCGCCGGCAUGCUACGCUGCAGCGCUCGCAGGACAAAAACGCGCCGUCCGGGAUCGUCGCGAUUGAUACCAAGAACGUAGGCCGCCUGCUUUCGAAGCAGAUUUGCGCACGGGAUGACGCGCUCGCAGAACUUGAUGCUUUUGAAAACCAGGACUGGCGCUACGAGACGUGCAGACACAAAGUACCCGCGGAGUUCGCGCGCGCCGACCUCAUGACCGGGUUUGGCGAUUUACCCGGCAUGAGCAUCGGGGACGCAAACCGAGAUGCCUCAGAGGAAGUUCUCGGGCCGGAAAUCUGGGAGACGUACGUCGUGGCGGCGCGCGAGUUCAAUAUCGGAGCGGAGAAAGAACUAGAGGAGAAGUUGGAGCGGUUCGAGGCCGAGUAUCUGGCGCAGAGGGAAGUAAAAGAAAAGCAAAAGCGGGCACUCCUAGUGGAGAAGAAGUACUACGAGAACAUCCGCAGCAGCAUCGUGGAAAACUGGAACGGUGUUGGCACGUGGCGCGGGCGGCAGGCUACCGAGCGCAGCCGCUUGUGUGUUCCAUCGGAGCAGCAGUUCGCCCUCGGGACGGUGGAUAUGUGGCGGGUUGAGCCACUGCAAAUAGUGAAGGACGUAUGCAGCCUGGCGGGCGCCACCACAAUCCACGAAGCAUUCGUAACAGCGGGGGAACUCGGGGAAAUCGGCCGGGAGGAACAAGAAGCCGCUCCGGGCGGAGAGGCGGCUGGCGCCGAUCAUCUUCUGGCCGGUCUUGCCGAUUUCGAAGUCGAAGCCGUGCGCGAUCAGAUGAAGGACAGCACCCACCUCCUGGUGAAGAUUGAGCUUGAAGAUGGGAGCACGGAGCAUCUCUUGGUCUGUUGGGUUCUGAAUCGACCAAAAAAGUUUGUUGGUAUGCGCCUCGCCGCAGACGGUGCGGGCGGGUUGAUUGCUUCCGGCGCUGGCGAGUUGGCAGACCGGUACUUCUACUCGGAGUUUGACUUCAGUGACGCGUACCGCGGGGCCGCGUAUGCAAUUCUCGGCGCGCGGCGCGAUGUGGCCGCGCAGCGUUGGCUCCCCACCGAGGCUCCGAUUACCCGCGGAACAGCACCGGAAGAAGCUGAGGAACCCACGAAAGCACCACUGGAGCGCCAUCCGGACUCUCCUCACCUUCUCGACAAGUACCUGCUAGAGGCUGCGACGAGCAUGCUCUCUGGUGGAGGGGGUGCAACUGGAGGCAUGGCAGAGGAUGCAGAAAUUUUAGAUUCUGCAGUGCCGGAGGAGGGUGGUUUAGUGCCGGGCGAGAGGGGGCUUCGUGUUGCUGUGCGAGUCCAGGGUGACCAGUUCCAGAUGUUUUCGUCCGCCGCCGGUUCUUCAUCUUCCUCUUCAUCUUCGGCAAACAACAGCAGCGUAGCCGAGGCAAAUCCUGGCACAAAGAAGCGAAAGGUCGACGUGGCAACUGAUAACCACGCCUCGCCCACCGGCGUGGUUGGUCGGAACAAGCAAAUUUUCCAACAGAAAAAGGCGAAACCAACCGGGCCACACCCUGUGGCAACUAGUAACAAGACAGCCAAAGACGCGGAGCAGGGUGGGGGCGUUUCUGCCGGAACAAAAUCCGCCGGAACUGCGUACCUCGUUCUUUCAGACGCCCAGGCGAAGCAGCUUAACCGCAUGCGGCGCGCCGUCACGGACGAGGUCGGUGAGUGGGCGGAAGCGCACUUACCGCCCGGGGAAUGGAAGAUACAGGAUGGCACAUCCAUCCACACGAAAAAAGCCGGCCUGAAGCAGUCCCUAACCUGUUCGGCGCUCGGAAGAACCAAGGCGCUUUACAAAAUAAUUGCCGCCCACCGAGUUUUCCGAAGUUUCGUCACUGUGUCCAGCGGUGUCCAUCGUCUUGGCUACACAGAGGGCGAUGUUGUUGACCGGCACUGGGUGACGGUGCUCUUGGUUGCGUGGGCGCACAUGCAGGCUUGGAUUCUCCGCCACUCGACGCGAUAUGGAUGGGACCAGCGGUAUCGGGCCAAGGAGGACAUGCUGAAGCGGGGUAUGCGUGGGGUGAAGAGAGAAAGAGCACUCCUAUCAGGGGGUGGGGAAGUAGGUGUUCUGUGCGCAUGUGAGUUGUAUCUAUGCGGGGCCAGACCCUCCCUUGUGUCACGUCAUGUAUUGGGACCAACGCUGUAGUGCAUCAUAGUAGAUUUUACUCGAGAUGACAAAGCCCAACCCUGAUAGGUGGAGUGCGCAAAUUUUCCACAUGAUAGCAUUGCAGGAGGACUACGACAAAAUGGUAAAGAACGUUCUGGACAUCGCUGCGGGUAUGUGUGGCGCUCCGCUCGAUGCCGAGCAGAAAGAAGAAGUCGUCGCGGGUUGCGAGGUCCCACUGGAGGAGAUGCGGUAUCUUUCCAUCGGCGGCACUAGUAGCGCUGUGCGGUAAAAACCCUCUGCCCCCCCUGGCUGCUACCUGCUUUCUGAACAGAACCAACUGCACACGCACGAGAGCUAGCCUCUCAACCACGAACGAGGUAGCAGAACUGCCAGUAACGACGAAACCUCGCCAACAGAUGAGAAGCAAGACAAAUAGAUGUUUUGGGGUCUGAUCAAAAAAAAUCAUAAAAAGGUCAAGACAAAUUACUAAGAUAGUGACCAAAUCAGACCUAAUUCGGACCGAUUCUUGAUUUCCGUUUGAAUUCGUCCCAGAUCCUUGAUUUUCGUUUGAAUUCGUCCGAGGGUCUUGAUUUCCGUUUGAAAUUGGAGGCGGUCCUUGAUUGCCGUUUGAAAUUGGGCCCGGUCCUCGAUUUCCGUUUGAAAUCUGGGUGGGCGGUUGAUCCUCUCUGGAAACCGAGGCUGGGGUGGGAUUGCCUGCAGAAUCCGGCUCGAACAGGGCUGAGUAUGAGGCCAGCCGAAAAAAAAGUGGGCGGGGGCGGGCGUAGCCCGCCCCCGGUCUGUGGGCCGUAUUGGGGAUUUUCUUUUUGCCUUCCGCCCUCGGUGGAAGCGGGGGCGCAAAAAAAAAAUCGGGGAGGCGGGCUCCGCCCGCCUCUCGGAUUUGCAGUAUAAAUUCCGCGCGUGGCAGCUUUUUAAAACCCGGGAGCCGGGCGAGGCCCGGCUCCCGAGUUUACAGCCCCCCGGGCCAAAUAUUUCUCGGCCCCCGCAGGCCUAGCCACUUAGCGUAAAACGGAAAAGCGCAAAGCUCGUCUAGAAAUUGCCUUCAUGUGUAUUUGUCGGUAGCCCGCUUUUUUUUUUUGACUUCGUUGGCCUGCUAGUAGCCCCCGAGGGCCCCCUCUCCUGAUUCAGCCGUUUUAUCGGUGUUUUUUUCUUGUGGAGUUCGGGCCCAGUUUUUUCUGGAAUAUCAACGCAGCUUCCGUGCAAAGCGAGCGAGAAAUGCAGUCUGUGUAGAUGUUUUUUUCUGCCAGUCGCGAUGUUCCAGUGGCGGGCUAUUUUGGUUUCGGGCAUUCAUUGCUCCUGUUAUCUGUAUUUCCCCGGCUUCGCCGGGCCCUCAGAUUUCUUCGUGCUUUAUAAUUUUGAAGCAUCACAUUCACAUCAAGGCAAGCGGCUCUAUUCCCACGCCAGCAGGUUCACGCUAUCACUGAGACGACUCUCGGCAUCAGCCCCCACCCCCAGUAUCCGUGCGCACAUAUACUGUAGAGGUUUUGCAACGGUAGUGAGGAGUCGCAUAUCUUUGCCAAACAAAGCAUUACUAAGUAACUACUCAGGCGAGAUCGCUCGGUACCUGUGAGGGACGAAAAACGGCACACGCAAAAUCGCAAACAAAGUAGAGAAGACUAGUUCUCGGACCGAGUCGAAGACUUAAGUGCAAUCAGCAGUGUGCUUGCUUAUAGAAAAGUCGCAAGGUGUUUCGGUUUCGAAUUUCAGAAAGACCCCAAAACCGCUCCGUGUAAAAUCAAUCUUGUUUGACAGAGUUGAAAACCCAGUGUCCUGGUAAGCAUAGUAGUGCAGCGUAGGAGUCUCGAUAGCGGGACUGCAAGCAAGGACUACUACUCAAAGCAGAACCAUCAAUCAAAGAACCGCGACGGUCUGCGAGCGUCUAUCUUCGCCUGGGCCUUCAGUUUCUUCUCUCGCAUUGAUCAGCAACUAUAGCACACCGGCCGCUCUCACCGAAGUCUUUCGCGGGUCGCCGAGUUUGAACCUCUCCUGCGCAACAGCCUUGGCUUCGUACUGCCAGACCAUCUCCUCUUCCACAAAUCCAGCACUAGCAGAUGUCGAAGCGAAACAACGCCGGCACUGGAAAUGCCGGGGGGAAGAACAAGCUGAAGCGCCACGGCACUACCCCGACCACGGACAAGUUCGCUCUGGACUGCGGGCUGCCGGGAUACAAAGUCGACACGGAUGUGAAACAGGAGGCGCGGGCGGUUGUGCGCAAGAAGUCGUACAACUUGUCCAAUAUCAAGCGGGACUGGAUCAACGAGUCCGCCGACAUGGGCAAUCUGCGUGAGGCCGUAAACCUGUUCGGGGCUCUGGGCACCGACGUCUCGGAGUCAAGUAUGCGAUGUCUUUUGAAAAGCAUCUACAUUGAGAAGUAUGACAUCGCCCACAUUUCUAUGCUCUAUGUCAUGCAGAUUAUAUUUGUAAUGCUCUGCCGGUGUUCACAUGUGAGUUGGCGGCUGUCAUAUUUUUCGUAUAGGUGCUUUUGUUUUUUCACCCCCUGCAUACUUGUGCGGAAGGCGACCUUGUUGAUGGAGGCGCUGAACUGUGGUGCCUGGCUGAAUGCGUUCGAGAUUCUCAGUGUGCUAUGACAUGCAAAAAAAGAUUUCAGGCGUUGUAGUUUCUAUUCAUUGGGGGGCUGCGUGAUUUCGUACAAGGCAGGUCGCCAUACUUGCAUAUUCAGAAAAAAAAAGACCUGCGUUCCCGAUCUUUUAUUGCAGCGCGACUUCGUAGCCAAAACAAAACGAAAGUGAAACUCGCAAGACAGAUGAGAUACAACACUGAAAAAAAUUGAUUUGCUUCGCAUACGCCGAGGAGGCUGAGCAGUGGGACAGCACGACGAUGACCCUGGUCCUCGAGCGUGGGGAGACCUUGAUCGGGAACUCCCAGUCCUGGCCAGUUUUGUACAAGAUCCACUCUUCGUUCGAAUCCAAGGCAGCGGAAUUUCCGUUGAAGGAGUACCACGAGGAGCUGGCCAUGAUGGUCCUCAAGCAGAUUAUCGAGGUUUGCCGCUGCAAGCGUUCCUACAACUCCGACGGCUCCGUCAGGACCGGCACGGAGCAGGUGGUUGAUUUUGAAACCGCGGAGGAAGGGGAGCUGCAGGACGUCGCGAAGGUGGGCGCCGUUAAAAAAGUGCCGAAGCCCGUGUUCAAGACGUUGGAUUGCAUCAAGACCUGGUAUAGUGUGUAGAAUUAUUUUAUUUUGUGUUGCGUAUCUCCUGGCAUAAUCGGUCUUCAUGUUGACAAAAAAUUACCAUUAUCAUAGACAAAAACGCAUGACAAAUCACAGAGCUUUUCACAGACGCGCAUGACAAAUUGGAACUACUUACUCAUCAGGUUGCUCGAGUUUCCGGAACUCCAGAAGGUGCUGGACACCACCUACGUGAAGUUGGUGAACGACUCGUGCGAGGAUUUCUUGGCCACAAUCGACCAGUACAUCGCUGAUGACCCCAAGUGUGUCACCUCCAAACUGUUAAAGAAGUUGCGUCCGUUCGUGGUCAACGGUGUUACGUUCGAUGAGCGUGCGGAAAAUGUCAAGUUGCUGCGCAACAUCGCGCUGCAGAACGGCGCGCUGCCGCCGUUGGCAACCAAGGACAAGAUGAAGAAGUUCGCGUUCAAGGUUACCGAAAUCCUCCAGGCGGUCUCCGACGAUGGCGAGUCCAUCAUGUCGCUGUUCAUGUUGGGCGAUCGCACUGCGCGCAUCAACCGCAUCAAGCCGUUCAUCUCGCAGCCGCUGAACAAAAUCGUCGAUGGGAUCGAGAAGGAGAUCAAAGAUUUUGCGAAGAAGUUUCUGCCGAGCACGAAACACGGCGUGGCGCGCCACAUUCUGAACAUGGAGUUCAAGAACUACUUCAUCAACCUGAAGAAGGCCGUCUCGGAGGUCGCCCUCUCUGACGAGAUUUUGGCGGGGAUGAAUGAGGAGUGGAAGAAAUACGCCCUCCAUGUUUACACCCUGAUGACGACGCAGGUCGGCGUUGCCAUCCCGGUUGCGGCGUUGGAUUUUGUGAAGGCUGCAAGUGGUGUCGUCGGCUCGUACAUCGGAGCCCACGCGAAAGUCAUCCUGUGCAUGGGGCCGACGUUCACCGUCUCCUCCCUCACCAACCUCCAGGCGCUUUUGAAAUCCGCAGUGGACGUGUUGCGCAAAGAUCACCACGCGGCGAUGCAGCAUCUCGGGGCCAUGGUGGAAUUGUACCAGAAGAAGAUUUUGCAGGUGGAUCUCGCCGCUAUCAUGCAGAAGGCCACGGACUACAACAAGUCCGUGACGGUGAAGGUGGACGAGCUGGAGAAGUUCCGCAAGGAGUGGAAGGCGAACAAGAUCAUGUUCCUGCUGGACGAGUGCGAGGUCUGCAAGCUGAACCCCGGGUGCACCUGGUUGCGCGAGACGCAGCGAAAGGCCGCGAACCAGUACACGGAGGCGUUGGACAAGGCGACCAAGCGUGCUGCCGCCGCGCAGCUGAACGCGAACGGUGGUGGAAACGGGAACAAUGCCGCCCAGAACGCCGGGGUCGCGGGUGGCCGCCUCGCGGGGAACAAGGAGGUCCUGAAGAAGGGCAAGAAGCUGUAAGAACGUUGCUCGUUCAUGGUGCAGAGUUAGAUCUGCAGAUUUAAAGACUUUUCUAGAGCUGAUUUUGUUGUACAUCUGCCGUUGUGUUUCAGUUAAUUUUGGAAAAUGAACAUCUUUGGAAGUAAAAUAGCCAGCAGCUAUUGCGUCUUCUCGGUGACGAUCGGUUGUCAAUUAAUCACGACUACUGAUUUUGCAAACGAGAGUUACACUGCUCGCAUGAUGCCCAAGUGACAGAACUUUAGCCGUUUACUUCGAGAAUAAAGACGACAGCUUUGACAAGUGUCGCAAUCUUGCCGUUUUUUUCUUCGUUGAUAUUGCGAUCGAAGCUGCCAACGGGCCUGAGAACCUUGCUCCGGCAAGACUUAGAACCCACGAGCAGUCAGCAUCUUGUUUCAAUUUGUCGCGAUACGAUGCCGAGGUUUGCUAUAGAAAAGAUAACGACGGGUAGGAAUCUGGUGCAAGAGGGGUCGACAGCUACCGCUGCGUCGCCAGGUUAUCGACUUCUCCACAAACUACCACCCAGCAUGGAUGUCCCUCGGGGCUCGAUAAAAUGAAUCUUGAGAACUGUAGAUGAGAUGGCCCGUACGAUAUUUAUUUUUCUGUAUUUUUGCUAUUUCACCCAGCCAGCUCUACCUAUUUCACUUUCAGAAAGUUCCAACCUCAGAAAUUAGCGACUCCAGACUGAACUUGCUCGAUUUUCCCGGCCACUUCCGCCAUCCUAUUCUGAUGGGCCACUCAGCAUUAUUCUCUGCGAGAGUUAGCCUGAAGCAUCGCGGUGCGUCGCUACUAUUUUGAAGCCAAGUACUCACAAACCUAAUCUAAAACUUGACCUGUCUAAGUUUCUGUCUGUCGUAGCGAAAUGGAGAGAGAUUUUAUUUUCCUGUCUAGCGGAGCAGCCUUUCGGGCUGUUUCGCUGGAACUACAGGGCGUCAGACUUGCCGCAGUCGUCCUCUACCCCCAUAGCUAAUGAUCAGUCACUCACUCCUGCACCGACUGCGCGGACUUUUCUUGAUUCUUUUCGAUCUGUUUUUGUUGUGAUAGAUUGCUUGUCGUUCUGAGUAUAACCUAGUUGAGUACUAGUUGCCAUCUAAAACGGCGGCGUCUGGUCGUCGUGGAUGGGCCGGCUUUCGAGCUGCUCAUCCAGUGGACGCACCGAACGUAUUAUGCUAGUGGUUAGUAUUUUAUGAAACCCGAGCGCGCAACACGAGCUUCUCUCAGUACCAGCGUCGUCGAGUUUGAAUGAUAAAUAGGAAGUAAGAAUAUCCGCACUAUGCCUGUGUCGUGAUGGUUGGAUGAAUUUUCAAUCUGGAUACAAACAGGAACGCGCUGGUGCCCUCGUGCCCCGUAGCCGCUUGUCUGAAAAAAGCGCAGAUUUUAGGUCCGGGCUAUAUGUGACUUCGCUGCUGGCCUCGGUCGAUAGCGAGGCUGCUGUAACCCAUCAGGGUUUAUUUCUUUAGUGCCAGCGUAUUCUUUUCUUCAAUUGUCUCUAGAAAUUCACUCUUCCAGAACUUAGUAUUUUUAUUCGCUCUUAUUUUAUUUCAAAAUAAAAAUGGUCUUCGUUUUGGUCGUCGGUCCUAGCCCGGUCCGUGUUUCGCCACAGAUAACACGACUACAACGUUGACGAUACAAUCGUUUUCGCCGUUACAUUCGCCAAAGCCCGUCUCUAUUUUCACCAGCUACAUUGCCGGAAAUAAAACGAGAAAUAUUUUAUAGCGAUCCUGAAAUCGCAUGCGCCUCCGAGUGAGUCCGGCCCUCCUGUGGCCAUUGUUUCGCGGUUAUAGGAGGACUGAAAGUCUCGCGUCGGCUUGGUCGCUACUUUGUUAGAACUCCCAAUUUGAUCACUUGAUAGAAAUUCCAAAAUAAAACAACUGAGCGCUGCGACUCUCCUCUGAAGUUUUCUGGUCUAUUUUUGUUCCAACCGCAAGUAAGAUAUAUCGAAAAACGCAUUCGAACAACAGCUGCAAUUUAUUUAAUAGCGCCUCUGUGUCCUCACCUAGAAAGAACCCUAGCCAGCACCACAGAGUGCUUGCUUACGUUUUAUCCUCUCACCGAAAUGUGUGUGGUCGUCGGGAACUGAACUUUAUAUAUGCCCCAUUUUCUGGGUCUUUGUGAUUUUUCGAUUACUUUCAGGCUCACUUUGCUCUAUAGACUCGCGCGGUUUCGUCGGCUCUCGGUUUACUUCCUCGUGGUAGCAGGAGGCGACGAUAAACGCUAUUCAUUAGAUUUUACCGAGGUUGCGAGCCGUUUUUUAUAGUAGCACACAGAUGGUUUGAAAGCGAUCUCACAAACCUUUUCUGAAUUAGAACUCUAUUUGGUUUUGGCGAAGGCGAACGAAAACGGACAACAGCAGGAAUGCAGCAGGGCAUCUCGCCCCACCAGUGGUUGACGAUGUUCGUGCUCUGUCCCGGUUUGAGUGCUCGAGAACCGAUUGCCCGGGAGUUGCGGUUUUGGGGUCGUUGCCCGGUACCUCGGUGUUUUUUUGUGAUCCAGGGAAACAGACGGGAGAGCAGAAGUGCGCAGCUACGCGUCGCUACGGAUUUUGGGGGCUCUUCGUGUUUGACAUGUGGCACCGGUGAAGAAAGCUCAAGUGAUCGGGGUAGGUAAGUAACGAAGCGCUGCGGGACCCGUAUACAUACAUCGUCUGUCUGCUGUUUUUUCUUGUUUGAUGAGACAACGACACGACAAGUCGUGUAUGAAAUUUUGAAAUUUCCAAGUUUUUGAAUUUCGUUUGAAAUGCUUGAGAAUACAAAUUAGCGCCCACCUACUUUGUAGUUAAAGAACAAGAACUUGUGCGAGAUCCGCUGCUUCCGCUGCAACCGGACCAACACCGAGAAGCUGAAGUUGUCCUGGUGUGAUGACCACAAGGCCAAGAAUGUUGCCCAGACCAUCACCUGCAUGUGGACCAUCGGUGGCUGCCCGAAAAAGAUCACCGAACAGUUUUUCAACAAGAUUAACGAGGAGCUGUCGGUGCCCAUCGAGGAACUCACCAUCAAGGUCGUGAAGAUGCCCGUUUUGUCGAACGUGAUGUGAACGCGCCGAACUUUGCUCAGCAGUAGUAGACUCCGAGUCUUUACUUCUUUGCACAGUUCGGCUUUUGUCAAAAUCAUUAUCGUUUCAUUUUUAUUUGUUAAAAAUAACAGUUUUAUACACAACAUUAGAAAGUUGUUUCUGCUUCAUGCAGAGUUUAGAUGAGCCCAGCACAAGAGUCAUUUCGAAAAAAAUUAAAAAAUAUAUCGUAUUCUACAUGGAAUUCUAGGAUUUUUGUGUUUCUUUUCUGCAAAGAAAACGAAAUAGAAAUCAGCACUACAUGGCAAGAUUUAAAAUUUAAGAUGGAAUAAUAAAAGGAUCUACAUGAUAUUUGUUUCUUUGAUGAAAGAAGAAAAACAGCAUGGUACGUUCAUGAAACAUGAAACGAUGAAACUCUUUGGCAGACUAGUCGGGAAUGGUAGGCCUCCUGCUUCUCGAUCAUCGUCUCCAAAUCAUAAAUUUUACAUCGGUAUUAUUGAAUUAGAAUCCAAAGACUACCUGCUAUACCUUCGCCUUGAU